AGCAAGGAACAGGAAUUUUCAACGUUGGUCGAAAGGUUAAACUCGACAUUAGAAGGAUUACGUGUGAAAUAUGUGGACCCUGUUAUCCGAGAGAACGCCAUCGCAAUAGAACAAAUGUCCAGGGUGAAUAGUAGUAAUACGUUGGGCGUUGAAGAAAAGGCUUCUUUGUAUGAUUAUGUGGAGGAACAAGGUGUUCAAGAGCUAAAGAUAAAGACGCAGGAAGAAGUUGCGGUCAUCAAGCAUUGUCAUAACAUGAGCUCCAAGAUGAUUGAAAAUAUUGAUGCUGAAUUAAAAAGAUUAGAUGACAUGCUCAUGAGCAACAACAUUUCACUCGAGGAAUCGGGUGUAGAUUUCUCUCACAAAAAAUUUGACACUCUUGAACAGGUGACUCAUUCCAUGGCAGAGACGUUGGAAUCAUUGGCAAGACAUUAUGAUCAAGCUACAACUGCAUUGAAAUCAUUCCAAACGCAAUCUGACGCCGAAUCAUUGUUAGAUAUUUCCGUUCUGGAAGAAGAUAAUCAUAUAAUUCCGUCCAUUGUUAAAAAAUUGAAGGAAGAUGUUCAGUUUAUUGAGUCAAUCAGCGAAGAAGUUCGUGUACGAAAACAUAUUUAUAAGUCAUCUUACGAAGAUGCAAAUAAACUAUUCACCGAGGUAGAUGGCUUCGGGAGUCAUAUGGAAAACUAUGCGAACACAAUGAAAGAAUUACAAGCAGAUUUUGAGAGAGGUUCGGCGGUUUUGGAUCGAUUGCUAGAGGAGCUAUUGAAUUUGGAUCUAUGGUAUGAAGAAUUUUCAAAGGCCUACGAUUACAUGAUAGUGGAAAUAGAUCGGCGUCACGGGGUUAAGGAGCAGCAUAAAAAAAUUGCCGAAGAAUAUUUGGCCAAACUAGAAAGGUUUUAUCAUGAGGAGGCACAGCAGAGAGAUAUAUUUUAUCAGAAUCACGGAAGAUAUUUGCCUGUUGAUUUAUGCCCACCAAUCCUGGAUCCGCCCGUUAGAUAUGGAAUUGUUCCACAAGAGGAAUCAAGGCUACCAAUAUUAUCUCCCAAGACUUUAUCGGAGGCACAAGAGCAUCUGCUAAGGUAUCAAGGAGAAAGAAGAAUUUUCUAA